AAAUAACCAGGCGUGACGUCAUGAUCUUACCACAAGAUAAGCCUCAGGUUUUACCUCGGGGCUGAAUGAUGUAUAAAAUAGUGUUUUAGCGGAAAGAGAUUCUCGUCGGAACGCGCGACAUUGGAAAAACUUUGGACAACCGUGCGCAAGUCGCGGAUAAACUCACAACGCACUUCAGACUUCUCUAGUCCUAGUGCGACAAUUAUCUGAGCUUCAACUCAGAGCGCACUGACUAUAAGUUUGGAUAUCAGAGUUCCUUGGGGAGACGAGUCCUGUUCGCUGAGGUAGAAUCGACAACUACAAAAGGGACAACUUGAGCACCUGCGCGAGAUGGGUCUGAGACGACGCGGACCUGAGAAACGCAUGAACCACUGAUACAGUGGGGUUACAACCCAAUUUAAAAUGGGUAUGGCGAGUGAAGACUUAUUGGUCACCCUUCAGAUUUUGCCGGGUUUCUUUUCGAAUUGUCUGUUUCUUGCGUUGUACGACUCAGUGGUUUUGGUGAAACGUGUAGUAUCCUUACUUAGUUGCUCCGGCUCCACUGGCGGCGGCGAGUGGCACCGAAUGCUGACAUCAGCGGGGUUACGCUCGAUUUGGAAUGGUUUCUUACUGGACGCCUAUAAGCAGGUAAAGCUUGGUGGAGAGGCACCCAACUCUAAAGUGGUCAGAGUGCCCAAUGGUGGCCCCGGUCGUCCACGCAGUAACAGUGUCCGGAGCGUGAGUAGCAGCAGCGGGGAGUGCCACCUCCUGGACUUCGAGUCUUCGGACCGCCCCCUGGUGGUGAACUUUGGCUCAGCCACCUGACCCCCCUUUAUCAGCCACCUGCCGGCAUUCCGGCGGCUGGUGGAGGAGUUUGCCGAUGUGGCAGACUUCCUCCUGGUAUACAUAGAUGAAGCUCACCCGUCGGAUGGCUGGCAGGCGCCAGCCAUCGGGCAGCACUCGUUUGAGGUCCGGAAGCACCGCAGUCUGGAGGAGAGGGUAGUGGCGGCACGCCAACUUAUUGAGCACUUUUCUCUGCCGCCUCAGUGCCAACUGGUGGCUGACUGCAUGGACAACAAUGCCAACGUAGCAUACGGGGUAUCCAACGAGAGAGUGUGUAUCGUGCAGCGCGAAAAGAUAGCCUACCUGGGCGGGAAGGGACCUUUUUUCUACAACCUGAAGGACGUCCGUCAUUGGCUGGAACACAGCUAUGGCAAGCGGUAGAGAUCACCAAGACCAGAGGAUGGAAAGACAGAGGCUUUUUUUUUUGUACUAUGUGUUAGUAGAAAGAGAGUUUAUUUUUGUAUCAAGUGAGUAUAAAAAAGUUGCAUUUCAAAAAUGCUCUGUUGUCAUCUAAACUACAGGCGGACGCAUGGAGAAGUCAGAAGUCACUUUGAUUUCUUUAGAAUUCUGGAAAGAAAUCACUUGGAUGCUUACCGACAUUCCAUACCAGCUCCCAUUCAAACUUUGAGACGUAAAGAUUCAGGAAGCACUGAUGCUCUGCAAUACAGCUCAGGUGCAACCAAAAGUUACAUCAUGUCACUUCAGCGUCAAAAUAUUUGUCAAGGGAGUUCAUCUUAACAAUUGCUUGGCUGUGUACAGUAUAUGCUUGUAAUAGAGCAAACAUAUUUGAUAAAGUUCCUUAUAGGGCAGAUGUCUAAUUUGGUACUCCAUAGUGUCAAACGAAAACAAAGCCUUUACCGCAGCAAUGCAAGUUUGAAGUGUAACUUUGGAAGCACCUGAAGCAUACAUGAACGAGAUGACUGGAGUCUACGUUAAGAGCUCACUACACACAUGUUUUAUCUGUCACUGCAUCCCCAUAUGUUAUUCAUAUUCCCUUUUACAUCCAUACAAUACUCCUUAACUCUCAAUAACUCAUAACAUACAACAGAAACAUUAAACCAAAUUAUUCAGUGAGGAGGAAAGCACAAGUAUGCAGCUUAUAUAUAUAUUUAUGUAUAAAUACACACACAUGAUUAUACACUAUAUUGCCAAAAAUAUUCACUUAGCUAUCCAAAUCAUUAAAUGAAGGUGCACAAAGCAAGGGCCAUAAAGACAUGGAUGAGCGAGUUUGGUGUGGAAGAACUUGACUGGCGAACAACUUUGGGAUGAAUUAGAGCGGAGACUGCGAGCGAGCCAGGCCUUCUCCUCCAACAUCUGUCUGACCUCACAAAUGCACUUCUGGAAGAAUGGUCAAAAAUUCCCAUUAACACACUCCUAAACCUUGUUGAAAGCCUUCCUAGAAGAGUUGAAGCUUUAUAGCUGCUAAGGGUUGGCCGACAUCGUAAUAAAUCCUAUGGUUUAAGAAUGGGAUGUCACUCACGUUCAUAUAUGCGUGUGAAGGCAGACAAACAAAUGCUUUUGGCAAUAUAGUGUAUAUACAUAAAUAUAUAAAUAUAAUUAAUUUAUUUAUGUUGAGUUGUGUGUGAGUGAAUGUUGCUGUUGUUUUGUUUUUACAUGGCGGGAAAAUACGGCCGCCUUUGUGCACUAUGUUUGUAUUAUUCGUUUUAUUUAAGAGAUAACAAUCUGUCAAAGCACCUUCUUUCUUUGCGUGGGUGUUUAUGAUACAGUUUGUCACCAUCUUGACUGCUUAUCAUUUAGAUUCCCUGCAUGACAAAAAUCAAACAUAGAUACUGCCGAAAAAAUAUCCUUGUUGUUCAGUCCAUGACGAGGCUUUUCUUCCUAUAAAAACCCUGUGGCCUACUUCAAAGCAUUGUUGUACUAUACACUCAAUGCUAUAAUCUUGCCAACAGUGUCAUUGUUGAAAUUAAACAUUGUUCAACUACAUAAAGCAAAGGACAUAAAGCACAUUAGGGAUUGUUUGCAACAGCUACACAAGAAGGGGAAUUUGGAAGGAAGAGACUUUUAUAAACAACUAUAGCGCUAUAAUAUAGCACUAUAGCGCAACAAUACAUCAAAUAAGUUGUCAGUAAAGACAAUUGUAUCAAUGAAUUGACCAAUAGAGAACUGUUUAGUUUGUUCAAUGUUGAUAGUUUUCAUAAAGUAACAAUGGGUUCUAUUGAAAACAUCUGUGCCAGCUGAGAUGGAUCUUCCGUACUUACUCUUUCUUCUUUGUGACAUGUAUUACUCAUCAAGGUCAAAAUCAGCAUGAGAUUGGAGAUGAAUCAGUGAUUCCUGCAUUUGAAUAUCAAUGAAAGCUAAAUUGCAGUUGAACAUUCAAUUUAAGAAUGAAGCUCACGGAGAUGCAGAAGUUUACGGAUUACCUCCAUCUAGAUGGUAAACCAUUAAAGAUGACAACGAGGAUUCACUUUACAAAUGGUAUCAGGAAGUGAAAAAGGGGAGGCACAGGAAAGUCAAGAUGGGUCAAGAAGGUGUCUGAGAGGAGAUUCUCUUAGAGGAUUUCAGUUUUGUGGUUUGUUUAUUUGUAACGAAAACGCUUUUCCAUGGUCCAAUGUACAAACAGACGGUCAGUUUCAGUCGACGCAGCAUAGGUGUGAAAAUGAAAACCUUGGACGAAAGGGUUGGCUGACCCUGUCUUUGGUUGGAUGGAUGGCCACAUCUCGCUGCCUGAGACUCUAACAGACACGUCUGUUGACAUCCUGAAGUCCUUGAUCUGCCUCUUACAGUAACUUGACUUCCAUGGCUGUUAUUGUGUACCACAACCCUUUUUUUAAUCCUUAUGAUUUUGCAAUGAUGUUUGUGAUGAAAUGCUGCUUUCUGAAGAAAAUAUUGCAAGGAAAAACUAUGAAAAAGGAAAAUAAAGUUGGAACGUUUGCUGCUGACACUUUG